AGUUCUGAUCAAGAUGCAAUCGUUUCUGAAGGGUAAUCGCGUUUGUUUUUUGUUUACAGAUUCCGUUGCGGCGUGAUUCAAAGUUCCUGUUGUUUCUUGGCGCGACUCGGAUGCCACAUUUUUAUUUCGUUAAAAUCCAGUAAAAUUCCAGUGCAAUCUGUUUUCUCUCGAAUCGGCAAACCAUUCCGUGACCAACGGUAAGCACAAAAUGGAAACGAACAAAUCCAAAAAAGGGGCUGCCGCCGGCACAACUUUCGCCGCCGAUAACGGCGACGGCAAAAAUAUGCUCCGCGGGUUGAUUCUCCGGGCGGAGGAUGUCCUGGGAAAGCUGAUCUACAAGCUGGAAAAGACGCCGCUCACCCUGGCUGAGAUGGUGGCCAUGAUCAACUCGGUGCACGCCUUCGUCGACAUGUGGGAACAGCCCCUGGAGGACAUCCGGCUGGACAUGUUGAACAUUCCCGGAGUUGGGGAUGGGGAGAAGAAUAAACCCAAGGAAGAAGCGGAGAGGAAGAUACUGGAGCAGAUUAGCUUGCUGGAUCUGAAGGGGGAUGGCGAGGGGAGGAAGCUGGGAUUCCACAACGGGCUGGAUAAGCCGGCCGAGCCGACGUUUGAGUUUUUGGAACAGUCGCUGGCGAAUUAUAAACCCAAUCACACCGGUCGAUGUGUCGUCUCGUCCGUUGGCUCCGGCCAGCGCCAGUUUUGUAUGGUGGACCGUGACCACCCGGACGGUACCAAACUGUUCGCUGCGAUGCAGAGCAUGAGCAGUGCCCGUAUUACCCAGCUGCCCCCACCCGGUGAAGUUUUCGGAGUGUAUCUGGAGGGUGCGCUAUACCGCGCCGUCCGGAACAAACCCAGCAUCCGAAGCUUCUCCCGGAAGGAUUAUAUUCGCCUGUUGGAUACCGGUGAGAUCAUUCCAUACGAUGGCGCCCUAUCGAUGUGUGCCCUUUCCGAGUACUACCGCCGAAUUCCGGCCUUCGCCAUCCGCUGUCUGUUGGUCAGCGUAAUCGAUGAUCCCUUCUGUGAAGAUUUCGACCGGUAUCUGAAGAAAAUGGUAAACUCCACCCUGCACUUCAAGGUAGUGUCCUCCGAGAAGCACAUCCUAUUCGUCGAGCUCAGCAAACAUCCGAUCCUGCUAAACGAUCCAUUCUCCACGCCAUCCACGCCGGAAUCGACCCCUCCCAAAGUGAAACCCACUCUGGCCAGGCGAUGUCGGUCAGCACCCCUUAGCAGCUCACCUCCAAAACCGCCGCGUUCGACCAUUUUUGCGGUUGAUCCCGUCAGGCAGAACAACCCUUUCACCAGUAUUCGUUUUCCCUCAGCGCUUACCGCUGGGAAACGGUACUGCCCGUUCGACGAGUCCAACUGCGCCACGGGAGCUCACAGCAAGAAUGGCCACAAAUCGCGGGAAACUGGCGAAGCUAAGCAGCGGAUCGUUCCUCCGGUCGGGUCGCACCUGAUGCUGAUGCCGAAGUUCAUCCGGGACGUUGGACACAUCUGGUGCCACGUGGUCACGGCGGACUACGUCAAUCCGGACUUCCGCGAGAUGGAACUGCGGAUGAACGAUCCGGAGUACUCGAGGCAGUACCGGAAACUGCAGCAAAGGCCAAAAAUAGCCCAACGGGUGUUCGCCAAGUACAUAGAUAAACGGUGGUACCGGGCGGAAGUUGUCCGAUUCUACGACGACCGUAACGUUAUGGUGUUCUACGUGGAUUACGGCAACUCUGAGAUGGUUCGCCUGGAGGAAGUCCACGAGUGGGACGAACGAUUCAGCUAUCUUCCGUACCAGGCGGUGCUGUGCAAGUUAUCCAACUUGCAGCCGGCGAAGUCCUUCCACGUUCCGGCGGUGGUUGAACUGAAUCGGACAUUGCUGAACAAACGCGUUCACGCUAAGAUUGUAGACAACAAGUACCCGUGGGAGAUUACCAUCCUCGAUCAGGACGGAUUCGACAUUGCCUCUGGCUUAGUUAUUGCCAGCUUGGCCAGAAGAAUCAAAGAAGAAGACGAGCCGGAACCAGGGCAGGAGGCCCCUGCAGCAUAAGUAGAAGGAACCCUACAUUGAACUAAUGUCCCUUCGUAAGUGAACUUCGUGAAUUGGAAUAGGUAUUAGAGGUACCUAAAGUAAGCUUUCGGCAAUUUUAUCACAUUAUUACAGCGCAAACGAUUUUUUAAUGUACGACUGAAGAAAUGGUUGAAAUAGAAACUUCUUGAAUAGCCUAAAAAGG